CUCAAACACCAUGACAGAGCAUAUCGCAACUUAGAAACACACAAAAUGGAUUGGAUACAAUCAGCAUUGAAUCAAUCUGAUAGUAGCGAUGAAGAAGAUGUGGAAUCCUCAUUAGUAGCCCCGGAAAAUGCAAAUCCAGUGCAACUCAAUCGCGAUGUUAACCUGGAAACUAGUAAUGACGAUAUACAGACAGAUAGAGGUUCCGUGUCCACGGAGAGUGCUAAUACAUUGCCAGGAGGACCUAUGUUCACUAUAGCAACAGCUACAAGGAAAGUAGAUGACUUCACCAAAGCUGAGCAUAUCAAAAUCAAUCUACCAACGGAUGACCUGUUGCAACAAAGUGAACAAACACCAAUAUCGCAAACGAAUGCCAGCAAAACCACUAAUCACGCUCCACCUAAAAUCAUAACGGCAAAUGACUUGGAAGCUACCUCAUCACUAGUUGAAGAUACCGAAACGAAUAUACAAGAACCCGAAAUUACAACAUCAAUGGAUACACUAGAAAUCAUGCAAAGAUUUAACAUGAUGCAUAGCGAUUCUAAAGUUAAAGCACCCAAACGAGGAGAUUGGUUUGGAGGUAAUAUAAAGAUAACGGAAAUACACGCAGACGACCUGCGAAUGGGUAGCACAGAGAAAAAUGCCAGAUACUCCACCUCAAAAGCAGCGUUGCUAGAAGGAAGAACUGCUUUUAAAGCACCCACAAGGCAACUUGAAACAGAUGAUGGACAUGUGCUGACAUCAAAUGUAUUGAGGAAAACAUCUAAACGUAAACAUCAGAUAAGCUGGUUAGCAGCAGAUGCACAAGAACGUGAGCUGGAGCUACUAGAACGUACUGCACAAGCACGUAAAACUAAACAUGAAACACAAAUGAAAUACGGUUGGUAGUAAUACUACACCGUGAACUCAACAUUUUUAAUGUA